CGUGAUGCGCGCGUGGUCGACAACCGACACGACGACGACCCAUCACCUCGUCCAUGGGCGCGGACCCAUGAUGGACCGACGAAGCAGGAUGACCAUAGUCUACGCAUGCAAGGACGAUGGACGCUCCUGCGUCCUGGAUGACCGCGUGGCGACGCAGGCCCAAGGGACACCGUACUUCGAGGUCUUGCUCCAUCUCCCGACGCUCCGCGAGGAGGCGACGUCGUACUACGUCCGCGUCGUCCGGCGCCAUGGCAUCUGCGAGCUCGAGAUGCGACCGCCGAUACGAAGCGCGAUCUGGUCGUGCUCCUUCGAGCCAGCGUCGCUAGCGACGUUCCCGGUCGUACCAUACUCGACUCUGCACGAUGCCCCGCCCUUCAUGGAGCCGAGCCUUGUGGCGCCGUCAACCGCGAUUGCGCUCAUGCUGCUCGUGGUCUUGCUGCUUCUUGAGGCCACGCGACGCCGUUUGUCCGACAAGGGUGGUCCUGCACGUCGCUUGCCGCCGCCAUUGCGCUGGGAGACCCGCGACGGGCGUGAGCACGCUGCGUCCACCUUCUCUGGUACCGCGACGGACGUCACGUACCUCGUUCAAAAGCGGCUGUAG